UCUGGGGUUUAUAUUAAUCGCCGAAAUUUUACAAUUGUUAACAAUUUCGUAACUCAUAGACUGUUGAAUUAUUAUUAUCCUAACGGUAUUGUAUCUAACGGCGGUAGUCAGUAAAAAUUACUCUAGAUCUGGCCAUUCCUCAAUAAAUUAUUGAACCGAUCGGACUUGGAAACAUUUCAACGAACUUGAAUAGUCUUCGCCCGUUAAAAAUAAUCUAUUGUAGAUUAGUAAGGACAUGAAGAGAAUGCCAUGGAUUGUUGUUACAUCGAACAAAAUGAAGCUACAGGAAUGGACAAGGUAUUUUCAAAUGUCUCUAGUCCAGAAAUGUUUGACAGUGAUGUGGAAAAUAAACACAAUGAACAACAAGAAGUAGCAUCUAUAAUUGAAGAAACAUUGGUCAAAACUAGUCCACAAAAACCUUCCCAGGCUACUCUUAUCGCUAAGUCCGAUAAUUAUCUGCUGGCCAGAAUUAAUAAAUAUUUAACCGGAGUACCUCCACCGCCAAGUCACACCAUUUGCCAAAGCGACUGUAAUGACUUGUUGCAUUAUAUUCAACAAAACCAACAAUAUUUUUGGACAAUCUCUCCUAUGUCAAAAGAGAAGAAUGUUAGACAAGAAGAAAUAGAUAAAUCUUUUAAUCAAGGAACAUUAGAAAACAAUGAGUUGUUUUCUUUUUAUAAUACCAAUAAUACUCAGAGAAAUUUAGCUAAUACUUUUGAAGAAUGCGAGUCAAAUACAAACGUUUCUAGAGAGAAUAAAUCACUUAUUCUUUAUAACACUGUUGGAGAGAAAGAAGUUGAAAAUUUGCCUUGGUCAGAAGCAUAUUUUCACAAAUUUCAUGGUAUCCAUUAUAAUAGAAAUAAAUCAGUGGAAGAAUUUGAAAAUUUAACAAUGAAACUAUGUGAAAGAUAUAUAGGAGCAGAAACACAAUCUACGUGUAAUAUAUUUUUUUCUAAACAAGGACCUGGAAGUGCUAGAAAAAGAAGUGUUCUAGCUAAACGUAAUUAUGGUCAAAGCCCAGGAAAGAGAUUGAGUCAUUUAGCUCGCAGAAGAAGAACAUUCUCUAGUGCAAAUUUACAAGGAUUAAGUCUCAAUGAUAAAAGACAAUUAAUAUUGAGUGUUAAAAAACCUACAACUAGAAAAGGUAAAAGUCCAAGAGGCAAAAGUCCAAGAUAUAAAAGUCCUAGAGGUAAAAGUCCUAGAGGAUCGGCUAAGAAAAAAGUAGUUCGAAGGCUUACAUUAGAAAAUACAAGUCCAUAUAAAACAAAAUUGGACACAUCAAGACGAGCUCUAUUCCAAAGUCCACCCUUAGAUAAAGCAGGCCCUAGUAAAUUAUUUAAUUAUAGUAAUACCAAUCCUCAAACAAUUAAACGUGCUUUAUUUCCCACGCCUAAGAAGGAAGAUGUUUUAAUGGAAGGUGUCAAAAUAAUUACUACUGAAGAAUCUAAAAAGAGAAAAAAUGAAGAUGAUUUACAAGGACCUCGUUUCAAGUGGGCAAAGAGUUUAUCGUUUGACUGUCCUCUUGAAUUACAAAAUACUACUCUACGUUCCUGGGAUCGCGAGAGACAUUCUUCUGGAAAUAUUUUAUCACAACAUGAAAUGUCUGUCAUGCAAGGAAAAGGUGAAUUUAGUGAUACGCAUAGAAAGAAAUUAUUAUGGGCUGUAGCAGAAGCAUUGCGAGGCAGAGGAAUUGGUAUGGGCCAUCCGCAGUUUAAGCAGUACGCUUCAAAUCUAGCACGUACUGUUAAAAAAUUAAUGCCUGAUCUUGAAAAUAAAAAUAUACCAAGAAAACCUGGUAGUACAAGUGAUCGUAUGUUAAAAUUGGCUAAACAUCAUGCUCUUCUCAUAACAGAUACAAGGACUAUGGAAUGACUGUACUUGUUAGUACGAAAAAAUAUAUUAUUGUAUCUUUUAUACAAAAAAAUUCGUACAAUUUUAAAGGAAAAAAGAAAUAGAAAAAAAAUACAAGUGUUAUUACUUCGAUACUUUCAAAAUAAUGAAGGACUUUUAAUU